CUACCAAACUCGAAGCACGGAGCCCCGCCCUGCCGCCCGCCAGAGCCGUGAAGCAGCAGUAGCAGCAACAGCAGCUCCGCUUGCUUCGUACAGUUUUUAUUCAUGAAAACAUUCGUCUGAUCUUCGUAUUAUUCGACUAGUAAUAACUGCUCGCGGUAUACGUUGUGCCCGUCUUUGUCGGUAUAGUUCACGCAGUGACGGUUAACCUUAAAAAGUAGUGGCAGUCGCGGUGUUGUCGCGAGAGAUAGUCUAGUAGUGAAACAGACUUGUUUCGGUCAUUAAGGCGUCGUCGCCGAGUGCAUUCGCUCUGUUUCUCGACGUUGUUCGAGACGGAGAGGUGUGAAAAGGAAAGUGCAUAGUCAUCGAUGUGAGAAGUCGAGGCUAGGAAGAAGGCCCGCCGCAGCAGGAGGGAGAGAGUGAGGAGCUGUUCGUGGAUACGAAAAGCUGAUAUAUCGAGUCGGGAAUUUAAGCAACCGUAGGCUCCGUUAGGGAGCUCCAGAGGUUACGUUAUUUCCAUCGGCAAUGAGUCACAUGGGAGAAACGAACGACAAAGGAAAUGCAAUCGGGUGGACGCGAAGACCUUGAAUUAUUGUCCAAUAAUUUUGCACUAUCGUUUACUAUAACAUGCUCCGUUUGGAAAGAGAGCGAUAUCAGGAAGAUACACAUUGAAGAUAUAUACUCGCUUAUGUGCUCUUUUACCGAGCGUGCAUACAACAGACGAAGAAGGAUAGUGUGGAAUAGCGAACGAUAGAGGGAGAAGUUUAAGGGAGAAAAGGAGAGGGUGAAAGCGCGUGAGUGAAAGAGAGAGAUAGACUAGUGGGGCGAGCCACGACUCUUCAUCGAUUCGUCGCUUCCACGGUUCUGUGAACGCGGCAUGAAAAGAAAGCUAGCACCACCAAUGGCCGUAUUUGACCGCUUCUUGUGCGUGUGCGUACCUGUGUUCGAUUCCUGCUAGAAAAGUGCUCUUUCUUCCGGUUUUCUCUUGAACGCUUCUGCUAGUUGCUAACGUUCCAUCGACGGCGCAAUCUGGCGGUAGACGACGGGUUCAGAGAGGCAACCCUUUACUCUCUGCACGAAUCUUUCACGCAGAGAGGUUAUGUUUGUUCGGGAUUCAUGACGCUCUGACAGGAGUGGAAGGCGGACGGAGCGGGGGUGGCAACGGUCUCGCUAGGAGGUAUCGAAGCUGGCGCGUGGGGCGGGAGAGUCAGCGGUGGUCUGGCUCUGGUUCCGGUGGUAGCGGCGGAAACGGAAGCCGCGACAGCAACAGAUCAGAGAGAACGACUGGAAAAGGCUGGUGCGACCCGCUGGAGAAGGAAAUUCGAUCGUCUUCUAUUUUCUACCUUUCCCAUCCCUGGUGGUGGAAAAUUCGAGAGCGUCUAUCUGCCAUCGAAGAAAGCGUCGACAGCGUGACACUGGGCCCCAAUCACCUUCGAGCAAGAAGGCAUACGAAAUAGGAUUAAUCCAUUCCUGAAAAAUCACAUUUUAAGCUUUGUUGGAGGUGUACCACCUCCUCCUCGAGAAACUCCCUUUUCCACCCUUCACGGGUAGUCACGCUUAGCGCAUCAUUAGACAGGCAUCAUGAGCAGCGAGCUCGAAUCCCUACGUCAGGAAUCGGACAAGCUGAAAAAUGCCAUUCGAGAUGCCAGGAAAGCAGCUUGCGAUACGACGUUGGUCCAAGCCACGUCGGGCAUGGAGCCUAUCGGCCGGAUACAAAUGCGUACGAGACGCACACUUCGUGGUCACUUAGCCAAGAUUUAUGCCAUGCAUUGGGGCAGUGACUCAAGAAAUUUAGUGUCAGCAUCGCAAGAUGGAAAAUUGAUCGUUUGGGAUAGUUAUACCACCAACAAAGUUCAUGCAAUCCCUUUGCGCUCCUCAUGGGUGAUGACCUGUGCGUACGCACCAUCAGGUAGUUUCGUAGCCUGCGGUGGGCUGGAUAACAUUUGUUCCAUCUAUAGUCUAAAAACUAGGGAAGGAAAUGUAAGAGUUAGCAGAGAACUCCCAGGUCACACUGGGUACUUGUCUUGCUGUCGAUUUUAUGACGACAACCAAAUUGUCACUAGUUCUGGCGAUAUGACUUGUGCCCUGUGGGAUAUAGAAACUGGUCAACAAUGUACCUCCUUCAUUGGACACACGGGUGAUGUUAUGUCCCUGUCUUUGGCUCCUGACACGCGCACAUUCGUAUCUGGUGCGUGUGAUGCUAGUGCAAAAUUAUGGGACAUUCGUGAAGGAACUUGCAAACAAACUUUCCCAGGCCACGAGAGCGACAUAAACGCUGUUACGUUCUUCCCGAAUGGAUACGCUUUCGCGACGGGUUCAGACGAUGCAACGUGCAGACUUUUCGAUAUUAGGGCAGAUCAAGAACUGGCGAUGUACAGUCACGACAAUAUUAUCUGCGGUAUCACUAGCGUAGCGUUCAGCAAGAGCGGUAGAUUAUUGCUGGCCGGCUACGACGAUUUUAACUGCAACGUUUGGGAUUCCAUGAAGGCUGAACGAGCCGGAAUUCUUGCCGGUCACGAUAAUCGUGUAUCUUGCCUCGGCGUUACGGAGGAUGGUAUGGCAGUAGGGACGGGCUCAUGGGACUCAUUUUUGCGUAUUUGGAACUAACUUGGGGUUAAUCCCAAGACGUUCCUCCACAGAACCAACUACAGCCAAUCAGCAUACAGUAUAAGCAUCAAGUACCACCACUUGGCCACCGAAGUCGGCGUGUCCGUGUCCUCGACGGAGGCGAAUUAUUCGCCCGGUUCACCGGAGUUGACGUUGAUCAGAAAGUUUGGACAUCCGUUAGACAACAACAGUAAAAAGACCCACGGUAGUAGCAGCAGUAGCGGCAGCGAAUUUAAGAACGUUUUGGGUUGUGGUGGUAAAAAGGACUAUCGGAAACGCGUCGUCGAUUUAACCUGGCGACGUGGCAAAGUCGGCGAUAAAAUCACUCAUGAAUAUCAGCGCUUCUAGUAUAUGGAUAUACCGUUUGUUCGAUAUAUUCGAACGUACGACUGAUGAUGAUGAUGAUGAUGAUGAUGAUCGAGAAAGAAGCGUGGUGAAAGGAAGAACGACAGAACGGAGAGCAGCACCAAGGCUGACGGCCAUAUCUCUCCGAUGUCGUGCGCGUUACUUCCUUUCUCUCCUCCCCUUUCUCAAGGACUAUUUGGCAACUUCGAAGAGUCACGUGCUGUUGAUAUGUCUCGAUAGCAUCUUCUCGAAGAUCUUCCCGAAUUCGAAGGUUGAAAUAAGAAUCGAUUCCCGACACUCCUCAUCCGAGGUCUACGUCGCUGGAAGCGUUUUAUUAUGAAUAAGAAAAAAAAAGAAAAAAAAAAAAGAAAAAGAAAAAAGGUUCCGAGCGUUCACUGCCGAUGAAGCGCCGACAUGGCUGCUCCGGCGGUUGAUUUUACAUUUUUUUUCGACACGCACGAAGCAAGUCGUACCAGGCGAGAACACGAUGUGAAAAAAGAAGGAAAAAUGGUCGCUCGUGCACGGCAUAAAAGUAAACAUGAUCGUGAAAACUAUAUAUACAUAUAUAUAUUAUAUAUAUACGUAUGUCGACGAGCAGCCAAGAUUACGAUAAUCUCGCAUAUUGCAUUCAACCUACACGCACACCGUACGCACGUGUAUUAAUACGUACAUAGAAAACUACAUACAUACAUCUGCACACAAAACGCGAAGUACCGCAAACAAAAAGCAUCUGCUAUUAAGUACAUAGUGGGUCAUCCACGAGUCCCGACAUAUAAGUCACUAUCUCCGAUCAUAUUUUCUCUCUUCUUUUCGUUUUCUCCCCUUUCCUUUUUAUGUUUAAAUUUCGAUUUUAAAUUCCUCUUUUAUCGUGAAUUUUUUACCUCCUUAAAAGAUGGCUAGAUAAGGAGAAGGGAAAAAAAAAAGAUUCGCAAAGAUUGCAUCAUCUUUUGUGACUAUAAUCGUCGAGUUUGCAUUAUUAUCUGUAAUUUUUAUAGAUUUAUUCUUUAUUUAUUUUGUAUAGACAUCUACCAUAGACCAUCUUACGUAUAUACAUUCUUGUGUCCCUUUUUUUCUUCUCUUUGUUUGAAAUUGAGUGAAUGUUCGAGUUGAUACAGAGAUUGUUAGAGAGUGGACGAAUUCAGAUGCAAGAAUCUCGCGUAAAAUCUCCAAGACGUGGCUCAAAUGCGAAUCAAAAUCCGCAUAAAAUUAUAAAGAAAAAAAAGAUUUAAAGAUAUUUCUUAUUCCUUCGAUUUACUUUCCAUCGAGAUUUGAAUUGUCUAAUAUCAAAGGAUAUCGCUGAAAUAAAUAAAUAAAUGAGAACGAUUAACAACACGAUAAAUAAGAUGAGCAAAAGAAAACGCACUUCGCCUCGUCGCUGAUUCGAAUGCACGCUCGCGAGGAGCCAGUAUAAAGUGUGAACAGAAGGGAUAUUUAAAUGUAACGUGUAUUUAGUUCGUAGUUCGCCUCUAUCCUCUGUUUCUUCAAUUAGAAAACAGCGAGACCGAGAAGAGUUCCUCCUAACUCUCGCCAAAGUAAGAGUCCCAUUAUCUUUCUCUGUUAUGUCGAUCCUGUUACGAAGAAUCCUCGUAACGUGUGAGAAAGACACGUAUUCUCUCGACGAAACAGUUAUCCUAUAAGUUCCUUUGAAAUAGGACCCAAAGAAUCACGGAUCGACGCCACGGGCCGACGCAAGAUCAAACUCUCUCUCACCCUCGUCGUUCUUUCUUUUCUUCGAUUUCAUUAUUAUUCUUCGAUUCCUCCCUUUUUUAUCUAUCCUUUUCGCUUUCUAUCUAUCUAUCUAUCUAUCUAUACCCACUUGUAUACCCUGUGUCGUCCCUCUUUCUUUUCAUUCGCUAUUCAUAUCUUGCGUUCCUCCUUUCCAUUUCACCUAUUCUCUGUCCUGUUUUUAUCGAAGAAAUUACAUGUUUAAACUGUAUAUGCAUUUAAAGUAAUAAUAUUAAUGAUAAUGUUUAAUAUUAAUAUUAAUGAUGAUUGUAAUUUAUAAUAAUAUUAAUAUUUAAUAUAUAAGUAUCUAAGAAGAUAAUGGUGAAUCUACUUGUUCAGUACCGCGGGAUUACGGUCCAAUCGCUUUCCGGCGACCACGCUGCCACCACAUCUAUUUGUUUUCUCGUAACAUCGUUCUAUUUUUGCGUUAUAUUUUAUUGCAUUCUUGUUUGCAUUUAAUAUUCUCACGAUCAAGGAGAACGUUAUGUAAAGUAUUAUCGUUUUUUACGAUCUUACGUAAUUCGUUGUAAAUUGUUUUAAAUAUAUAUUUGAACCGCUGUUAGUUCCUAUUGAGAUCAUCAAUUAGAGAGGAAAAAAGACGGGUGAUCGAGCAAGAGAAGCGUGGCUUCCGGAAUGCGAAAACCAUCAAUUGUUUUCCUAACCGAACAAGUACGCGUAAUCUGAUUAAAAACUGUUAAAGGGACUAUUAAGAAAUAUUUGACGAGUUUCUAAAGACGUUAUUCUACAUUGCGUUACGAAAAGAUAAAUAAGAGAUAAUUUCUUGAACAAUAACGUUCGAAAUCAGUUUUUUGAUAUCACUCUUUUUCGACUAAUCGCGCUUAUGUCACACGCCUCCAUAUCCUCUAGCGACCAAUUAGGCAAAAAAAAAAAAAAUAAUAUAAUGAUAACAAGAUAUUUAAAAAAAAAAAACGAUCUUUCCUCCGCGCCAAUACGAGACGAAGGCCUUCUUCCUUCAAUGAUUUUUCGAUGAUUUUCAAUGAAAUUUCGAAAUGAUGCACAGGAAUAUUAUAUUUUUAAGUGGAACGAAGAAUUUAACUACUCUCUGCGUAUCUAACAUUGCAAAACGGCGGCGUUCAAAAAUGAAGGAAGAAGGGUACUUAAAUAUUUAACGAGAGAAAAGAAAAAAAGGCUAAAAAUGGAAACAUAAGAUCUGUGCUUUUUGUAUUUCGCAAUUCCGUGGCCUCUCGGAGAAAGUUUCUCGUUUUUGUAUUUCGAAGCCUCGAGCCACCGAAGCAAUAUGGUUUCUUAUUCUUUGUACGAAUACAAAAAAAAAUAUACUAUAUAUAUAUACACACACACACACACCCACACACAAACACACAUACACACACACACUAUCGACGAUUAUAUAGUAUACAAAAUUAAUGAUUUAUUAAGUCUCUAGUCAUAGUAACGGCACGCGCAACAAUAUAUUCAAUCUCAAAUGGAAGGAAAACAGAAACACAUAACGUUUUGUGUAAAUGGAACAGUUUGUUACUCGUUUCGUUUCUUCUUUAUCAUUUUCGUUUCUCUCUUGUCCGCGGAUGAGAAUGCGAGUGUUGAUUUUGAUUAGUCGAGUGCACAGGAAAAAAAGGGAAAAACAAAUCGCGAUAAUAAUAUGACGGAUCGAUUGUGACAUCAUCAGGAACAACAGCGUGAAAAAGAAAAAAAAAAAAAAAAAAACAAGAAAAGGAAUUAGGAAUUUUUUUUUUUUCUUUCUGAAGUCGUAAGAGUAAUAAGGUGAAUAAAAGUACUUGGAAAAAAAUGAAACGUGGCGUUUUGGUUAUUUUUUUAUACUGUUCGUUUUCUUUUUUUCUUCGUUAUCACCCCGACCUCUCGUGAAUACGAUUUUUCUUUUUUCUCUCUCUCUUUACCAUUUCGAUAACGUUUCUCGUUGCCGUGUCUCGUUCCUUCGUCCGAUCGAUCGACGAGAAACACCGUGGAAAUAGUUUUGGGUCCUAUUUCAAUGCGAAAAUCGAUAAACACACGAUAUAUGCGUGGAGGAAAAGGGGGAAGAGAUGGAAAGACGUGCCAGCGAAACUCAUUUUAAUAACUUCUUUUACGAUGGGCGACAAGAAGCCAUCAGCAAUACUGCCUCUUUCAAGUUAGGAGCAAAUAUAAAAAGUAUGAUAUAUAUAUAUAAUAUAUAGUAUGUGUAUGUUAUGUACAAAAGAACACUUGACGCGUGGUAACGCAGUUUAAGUGAAGGACAUAACCAAAGAACGAGAGAGAGAGAGAGAGAAGAAAAUGGCAGCUGAUGGAAAAAUAAAAGAGAAGUAAGAUGAAGAAGAGAACGAAAGAGCGGAAGCAUAACAUUUAAAAAAAGAAAAGAAAAGCUUAUACCGGAUUAACGAAAGAAUAAGGAAAGAGGAAGCACGUCUUCAUUGUUAAAUGAACAGAUAGUUACAAAGAUUUCAUCACUUUUUUAUAUAUAUAUAUACAUACAUAUAUAUAUAUAUAUACAUAUAUAAUGAUAAUAACAAUAAUAAUAAUAAAUUAUUGUCGACGGCUAGAUUAGCUCUCAUUUUGACGAUCAUUCUUCGUGAACCCUUGUCCUCACGGGACACGAAGUCGGCGUUUCCUUUGUUUUUAUCGUCUUUGGAAAGCGCAGGGAAAGCGCGUCCGUGUUUUCCUCCCGAGAUAAAAGAUCGUACAAAAGCAUGUAGAUUUUUCGUAGACUCGACAGAUAUCCUUCUAACGCGUUUCGAGUCUCGUGGGUGCCCCUGUCAAUCGUCAUCGUCAUCAAUACGAUACGUACUCAUACGAUCAUAAGAAAGAAUCGUUUCGAUCGUGCAAGAAGAAUGGAAUGGAAAGAUUUAUUAUUUAAAACGCGUGAACGAAAUUUUCAGGGGGGGGAAAAAAGAAAUUUGUCGAAAGAAACGGGAGGAAAAGGUUGAAACGAUUCUUUGAAACAUUCUUUCGAACAUUCCGGAGGUAUUCGCGCUAUUCAUUAAGUAGUUAAUUCAAGUUUAGAAGAAGAAGAAGGAGGAGAAGAAGAAAUGUGCGACGUAAUGUGUUUAUUCAGAAACUGCAGUUUAAUCUGAAUAUCGCCUGAUGAAUGUUUCUCGUACAUUUAGCUAUCGCCAUAGCUGUAUCUGUAUACCGCCUCGUUUUUUCAAUAUAGAGAAGAGAAUUGUGCGUAGAAAUCUAAAAAAAAAGGAAGAGACAUCACACGCGGAAUCGACCAAAACGAAAUUAUUCGAUAUCGAGAACGAACCUGGCGUGAUUUCUAUGCAAGACUGAAGUCAUCAAACACUCCUUGUUGAUUUAUUCUUUGCAUUCUUUUUUUUUUCUCUCCAUGCCGCGUGUACACGCAAAACGUAGCCAAGGCAUCUAUCAUUCAUUCGGAACAAUUCGCAUAUUUCCCGUAUAUAUAUAUAUAUACACACACACACACGAUACACACACAUACACAAAAUAUACGUAUACAUAUUCACAAUACAUUAUUAUCCCCAUUCGACGAUGUACAUAAACGCGUAAAACGUGUGUUCGAGGAAUCGAGUCGCCAAAUUAUCCAAAGAAAACGUGCACAAGCGAGAAAACAAAACUUCGAUAAUGAACUUUCAUAUCGAUCGUUAUCCAUUGUAAACGCGUCGCAAAAAAAAAAAAAGAAAAAAGUGAUUUUUCCGACCGUCAGAGGGGGGAAAAGUCUUUGGAAUUUUCGCUUGGAGUUAGCGAUGGAAUAUAAUUAGCAACGCUUGUUGAGCGAAGAUUCGUUUCUUUUUUACCUCUCGACGCGGUCCAACGAGGAGAAGGGAUCGUCGUCAAAUUUAAUAUCGGAUUCCAAUCGAUUUUUUUUCUACGACCUUGAUUCGAGAAUCUCGUCACGCGGGAUUUUCCCCACGAGCGACGCGUGUGAAACGAAAAAAAAAAGAAAGAAAGAAAGAAAGAAAGAAAGAAAUAUUAAAUUUGAAGACGAACGGAUGAAAAAGCAUCGGCGGGCCAAGGAACAAGCAUUACGCAUCCUAUUAUUAGUCAGAAUCCAUUUCUAUUGAUACUGUUGCGAAUAGUCUUACAUUGUUUAUCUUAAGAUUUUAACACUGUUUACAAGAUAACGUUUUUCAUAAUAAUUGUUCUCGUAUCUCUUUUGUAGACAUUCUACGACGAAGUACACUUUGUACGAAGAUUUCGUUCGAGACCCUCGUGCGAGAGAGCAGAGCGACGUUUACGACUUCGGUUUCUCUAAUGAGAUGUAUUAUUGAGUACAGGUUGCACGAGAAUGCACGGGAAUUAAAUACAAGGGAAGAACAGGAUCAAUGAGAAAAGCAGAGACAGAAAAGCACGAAAAGAAAAAAAAAAGAAUUCGAAUAAAACUUCGAAUCUUUUUUUUUUUUUUUUAUUAUUACUAUUUCUAUUUAUUUAUUAAACACUCGCACAUGUUAUCGCGGUCAUCGAUUUUUCACUCGAUGCGCGAAUUUCGAUCGAGUUUUACCUUUUAUUUCUCCCAAAGCAAAUUGGUUGCUUCGCACAAUGAAAUGCCGAAUCAAUUUUAUCUUCAAAUUUUCUCUUCCUCUCGACAAUGUUUUACGAGGUUUUUUACGUUUGAAAAUGUUUCUGUUGCUUGGAAACGGUUUCUCUUACCGAUUCUUCAACGAGACGAUUUCAAAUUUUUAUCCACUCCAGCACGUCGCGAGUCGUACACGUAGCACGGCGUAAUUUUGCUUUCCCUGUUAAUUGUCGAAUUCGAAUUUGCAAUCGCGCCGAUUCUUUCUCAUCGAAUUUCAAUUAAUAUCGAUUCAACUUUAGAUUUUUAAUUCGCAAAGCAUUUUUUAAUUUCCCUCUUCUCCCUUCGAUUCACAAUUACAAAAUAUAUUUAUUCAUUUUACAAUAACGUAUGUAUCUCACAUAUCUUCAUUUUAUAUUUAUACUUCGAUAACGUGUCGUUUAUGGGAUAUUUUUCUUAUUCUCACGCAGUGACGCGAAAACGCCGACGCACGAUGACAAUCCUCUUUUAGAGAAAACAAAAAAAAUAAAUAAAUAAAUAAAUAAAGUAAGUUUGCAGUACAAAGACGAAUAGCAUCCACGAAAGAAGGAGGCGAUGGAAUUGAGCGCGUACAAAAUCGAUCGAAUUGGUUUUGGGAUAAACCGAUAAACACUCGGCUGAAAACGAAACAAGGAUCAAGAAUACGCGAAGAAUCAAAACGAGGUCGAUGUUAUUUUUUUUCUCGGACUAGAAUUAUAAAAGAAGACUGAUAAGCGUUUCGAACGAGAGGAGUUCGAAAUAUUUUCGCCAAACUGUUUCCCCUCCACUCCACCACCGAUCCAAUUCGUUUCCGCCUCGACGUGAUUGCAAAUUCGACAAAGUUUCGCGUGAAUCGCGUGACGGGACCCAUCAAUUUUCGUUCGAUUUUCCAACGUGGGAAAGGGAAAACAAAUGGAUCGCCUAUAUUUUCUCUCAAGUCGCCGUUUAUCAAAAGUUUCUGAAUGGCAAAAGAAAGAAAGAAACAAACAAAAAAAAGAAGGGGAAGAGAAACGGGAGUUCAGAGCGGCGAGCUUCUCGAAAACUUUUUUUUCAAUAAUAGCCCGAGGAAACUCUUUAAUAUUAAAGGAAAAAAAAAUAAAUAAAUAAAUAAAUGAAUAAAGCGUAGACGUUAAGGUACUCUCUCUCUUUCUGUAAACGUAACGUGAAAUUGUCGUGCAAUUGACGGCAUGCAAAAGUAAACAGCAACCUACAUACUACAUAAACAGUACGAUAGUAAGCAAAAGAAUAAACCCAAAGAGACGUAUACACGAGGUGGCCAGGAAGGAAGUUGCUCGAUGAUCCCAGGGGAAAGAUAAGAAAACGUUCGUUUCUCGUUAUAAUCGAUCCUUUGUAUCCUUUCUGAUCGGAUAUCCGCCAAUCGAAUGUCAAAUUGUCUCCACGGUACACGCGUCACCUUUCGUUUUUUUUUUUUCUUCGAUCGCACCUGGUCGUCGACGACGGCUUCCUCGACACUCGGUAUAAUUCAGAAAAAAAAAAAAUAAUAAUAACUUACAAUUAGGGAGCAACCGAAUGCAUGCGUGUGUAAAAGCGAAUGUAACGAUAUAUAUAUACAUAUAUAUAUAUAAAAGAAGGAAAAAGGAAAAAAAAAAACAGAAACGCGGAUGUACGAAGAUGUUCUACGUGUGAGAACGUUUGAUUUGCUCGCGUGAAAAGAAAAAUGAGUGACGAGAGCGUGGGAGAAUGAGCGGGAGUGUUUGGGAACAGAGAAAAUGGAGGAUUUAUAAAAUCUAUUAUUGUAAUAAUUAUAGAAAAACAGUGAAGCAUAA